UUUCUCGGAUUCCGUGUUCUUGCACUGAUUUUUCUUUCCCAUUUCUUUGGAGAAACUCAGAAACAAAGACAAAUAGUGGGCAUAAAACUGUAUCCAGAUGGAGGCAAAGAACAUUGUGCUCAGAAAAGGUAGGAAAGCUCUUAUUCUGUUUGCUUGAUGACAAAGAAAACAGGAAACGAGAAAAGUAGUGAUUUCUUACUUGAUGCCAAAUCCAAGGAAUUUAUGGCAUUACAAAACCAACGAUGAAUUUUGAAGUAGAACAGAAGUUGAGAUUGAAGCUGACAAAAUUGGAGGCAUAAUGGCCAGACUUCUUGUUAGUAUGGCCGGAAUUCUGCUCGGGAAGAUAACCGAAGCCGCCGGCCGAUCAGAACUUUGGCCGAUUCGAAGCGAACUAAGAAAUCUGGAAACCAUUGUGUCGUCUCUCAAGGGCGUACUUAGGGACGCCGAGGAGAAGCAGGGGAACCGUUCGAAUCUCACUCCUCUGCUUAAACAACUUCAAGAUGCGUUUUCUAAAACCGACGAUCUAAUUGAAGAAUUGGAUUGCGAAUAUUUGAUGUGGAAGAUGAAGAAUCGGAGGAACGAUGUCGGGGUAAAGCUACUCCAAUUCUCUUCUUGUUUCUCUUCCAAUUUCGUGGUUUCUGCAUCUGGAACUGCCCAUAAAAUCAAUGAAAUCAUAGAGCGGUUAGUUGGCAUUGAUAAACAACUGUCUGAAUUCUUUCUGGUUGAACAAGAAAAUGAACAUAUCAAACGAUUGAAGAGUGAAAUGAGUCUGCGCACCGCCAUUACUGGAUCGCAAGUUUUCGGUAGGAUUUUGCGCUCAAAGAAAGAGGCGAUUCUGUCUGAUAAUAUGGAUUCCAUUAUUGGUAGAGAUAAAGCAAAGGAGAGUAUCAUCAAUAAACUUCUAACGAAUGGAGAUGAUAAACAGAAAUUUCCAGCUAUUCUUUCAAUCCAUGGCAGUGGAGGGAUGGGAAAGACCGCUUUGGCCAAGUUGGUCUAUAAUGCCCACCAAGUGUUUGAUCAUUUUGACAAGAGAAUGUGGGUAUGUGUGUCUGAAGAUUUUGAUGUCCGGAGGAUUAGAAGGGAGCUUCUCAGCUCUGCAACAGGAGAACAAGUUCCCGACGCUGCCUUAACAGCCGAUCGUUUACAAAUUCGGCUGCAACGGAACUUGAUUGGGAGAAAAUUCUUGCUCGUUUUGGAUGAUUUUGGCGCUUUGAAUCCCAAGAGAGAAUCAGAAUUGGAAGAAAUAUUGAAGAUGGGUGCCGAUGGGAGCAAGAUCAUUAUCACUACUCGUAGUGAGCAAACUCUAAAUGAUGUUACAACACACGAGAUUGAAAGAUUGGACGAGGAGGAAUCGAUGGUUUUUUUAAAACAUGCAUUAAAAGACAAAGAACUUAUUGGACAUCUUCAUGAAGUUGCAGAAAAGCUUGUGCCGAAAUGUGGAGGAGCUCCUCUGGCAAUCAAAUGCUUGGCGGGACUGCUUUCUUCAGAAGCUAGUGAUGGAGCCGAGCGCGCAAAUGCCAAGGACUUGAUCGAGCUAUGGAGACGGUUAGAGAUGAAGGGUUCUUGUGUCUUACCUGCAUUCAGACUCAGUUAUGAUCUAAUGCCGUCUUACUUGAAACCUUGUUUUCUUUGCUUGUCAUUGUUGCCAAAAGAUUAUGUGUUCUACUCAUUUGAGCUAAUCCAACUGUGGAUGGCACAAGGAAUCCUUCAUUCAAGUAGCGAAAAUUCUGAUGUCGUUGGGCAGAGAUACUUCAAUGAAUUGUGGUCUCGCGGUUUACUCGAAGAUGUUGAGGAGCAUGCCUUCGGAUAUUGGUUCAAAAUCCAUAGCCUUGUCCAUGAUCUUGCAGUCCAACUGGCUGAGAAGGAACAAGAGAACCUAGGAAGUUUGCAUCAUCUUUCAUUUGUUGACAGCAGCAACAAGGAUUUGCCUCUGUCGACAAUCGGUAAAAUUCGUUGUCUUUCCGUUCCGAUGGGAGGUGUGGAGCCAAAGAUCAACAGACUCCCUCUUGUCAAAUGCAUCAGCAAGUUCAGGCAACUAAGGUUUCUGAACUUGUGCAACUUUUCCUUGGAAGAAAUCCCGGCCUCCAUCGACAUGCUGAAACAUUUGAGGUACUUAGAUUUGCGUGGGAACCGAAGAAUCAAAAGGUUGCCCGAAUCGAUUUGCAAGCUGCAAAGCUUGGAGACCCUGAUACUUGCAUUCUGCUCAGAGCUUGAAGAGCUUCCCAGAAAUAUAAAGAACUUGAUCAAUCUCAGAAUGUUAUGGAUAACCACAAAGCAAGCCAGCCUGGGAAACGAUGGCAUAGGAAACGUAACGUCGCUUCGUUUUCUGGCCAUCGGAGGGAGCGAAAACUUGACUCACUUGUUUGAAGAUAUUGACAAACUCGAUUCCCUUCAAACACUGAUAAUUUAUGAUUGCAAAUCGCUGCUAACACUGCCAGAAGGGUUGAAAAGCUUAAGUGGGCUAUGUAAUAUGGCAAUAUGGGGGUGUGAGCAGCUGAAAUUCACAUUCUCACUGGGAAGCCUUGGUCUUAAGAAACUGAUACUCAGAGGAUUUCCAUCAUUAGCUCAGUUGCCAAACUGGAUAGCUGAAUUAGAUGAGAGUCUAGAAGUGCUCGAAGUUGGAGAGUUUCCAAAGCUAAGUAUAUUGCCUUCCUGGUUAUCAAAUUUAUGGAUACUUCGAAUGCUUGGAAUCUCCAAUUGCCCCAAGUUGACGGAUAAAUUGCCUCAGUAUAUGAUGGAAAACUAUGAUGAGUUGGAAGAGUUGAGGAUCACAUUUUGUGGGUUGUUGAGCAAAACAAUCAUGGAACCAAGCAAGCAUCGCGGCUUGCAUAUCUCCAGUAUCCCUAACAUUUAUGUUGACUCGAGAAAAAUCAUUAGUGACAAGGCAGUUCAUGCUGAUCAUGAUAAAGUAACCAACCACGACGAUCUUGUUGAAGGAGACAAACAUGAUGAAACCAUUGAUGGUGGCCAUGGAUCAAUUAGAGAAGUCCAAAAAGAUGGAGUUGCAGAUGACAUUCUUCAUGUCGAUGACGAAAAAGUCGGAGGAACAAAACAAAAUAAAGCAGCUACGGACCAUAGUCAUAUUGGGGAUGGACAAACUGUUAGAGGAAAACAAGAUGAAGUGGCUAUUGGCCAUAGUCAGGUUGGGGAUAGACAAAAUGUAGGAGCAAAACAGAAUGAAGCAGCUACUGACCAUAGUAAUGUUGGGGAUGGACAAACUGCAGGAGCAAAACAAGAUGAAGCAACUAUUGACCAUGGUCAUGUUGGAGAUGCACAAACCAUAGGAGCAAAACAAGAUGAAGCAGCUACUGAUGAUUGUCAUGUUGGGGAUGGACAAAAUGUAGGAGCAAAAAAACAGGGUGAAGCAGCUGAUCAUGUUAGUAAUGUUGGGGAUGGACAAACUGUAGUGGCAAAACAAGAUGAAGCAGCUAUUGAUGAUAGCAAUGUUGGAACUGGAGCAACCAACAGCGAUCAUUCUAGUAAUUAUUUGGGUGACGAUGGCCAUCCCGGAGGUACACAAACUACGGUAAUUACGCUCCAAGGUUUCUAAUUUCGUAUUACAUUCCAUGUAUUUGUAUAUAACUUGCUCUCUUUAUUCACAAACUCAUUUUAUAUCCAAAAUUGUAUAUAUAAUGUUUAGUUCACCCUAAUCACAUGUACGGAUUAACAUAUGUUUUUAUUGAUUGAAACUGUCAUGUCUUUUGGUACACUAUGCAUUAAAAAGUCGAAGGAAAA